AAUUAUUUUUUGAAUUUAACAGAACAGCAGGAUUGAAAGUUGGCUCAGGAAACAACUUUCCUUAGUUGCCUGUCAAUUUUGUUUUGACUAGCUGGACCUCAUGUGGUGCUGAGGAGUCCAAAAGUAUCUAACACUGCAGUUCCCAUUUUGAGGAUGUUGUCUUCGUCCUCACCUCACCUCCUUCCAGGCUGGUUGUGGGAGGUUCUUUCCUGGCUUCGAGUUGGAGGGGUUGUUGUAUCCUGCAGUUGAUUUCUCAUAUUGGAAAGCUGAAAGAUUUUCUUCUACAACACAGAAAAGAUUACAUUAAUGCUUACAGGGCUGGCUCUCCUGUCUCUGCACACUGUAUGAAUGUGCACACACCCUGGGCUUGUUUGGAAGUUGGUUAGUUCGUUCCAGAGCACAGCUUUGUCACACAGAUAGGAUGGAUAUGCACUUCACCAGGAGCCACUGCACCGUCAGCCAUAUUAUGUCUGAGUAUGUGAGGAUGACGGAUACAGAGCGUGACCAGAUAGAUCAAGAUGCCCAGGUGUUUAUGAGAACGUGUGCUGAUGCCAUUCAUCAGCUCAGAACAGAAGCACACAAGGGUGUCCAGUCUGCUCAGGUGAAGGAACACAGAACAGCUGUCUUGGAUUUCAUUGAAGAUUACUUAAAAAGGGUGUGCAAGCUGUAUUCUGAGCAAAGAGCCAUCCGAGUUAAGCGAGUGAUAGAUAAGAAGAGACUGUCCAAACUUGAACCUGAGCAGAGCAAUGUGUCCAAAUCAGCGCUUUCCGCUGAAAAAUCUUCACAGAGUCCUUUAGAGGAUUCUGAAGAAAAACUUUCUGCUGAGGAAAGCAAAGAGAGGAAUCUGCCUGAUGCCCAAAGUAACCUUGGAUUAUGGGGGGAUGGCAGAGGUGAAGAUGAGCUGUCACCUGAAGAAAUACAAAUGUUUGAACAGGAGAACCAGAGACUUGUUGGUGAAAUGAACAAUCUCUUCGAUGAAGUCAGACAAAUUGAAGGAAAAGUGGUGGAAAUCUCCAGAUUACAAGAGAUAUUCACUGAGAAAGUCUUGCAGCAGGAGACUGAUAUUGACAAUAUCCAUCAAUUAGUUGUGGGUGCAACAGAGAAUAUAAAAGAAGGCAAUGAAGACAUAAGAGAGGCCAUCAAAAACAAUGCUGGAUUUAGAGUAUGGAUCCUCUUCUUCCUUGUGAUGUGUUCAUUCUCCUUGCUUUUCCUGGACUGGUAUGAUAAUUAAUUAAACAUAUAUUGGCUCCAUGCUCUGUUUCUAAAUCUUCUGACAUUUUUUUUAGUGGAGCAGGGUAUAACAGCAUACCUAGGUAUUUUAUGCAUUUUCUCAUACCUCUAUGAUGAAAAUGUUUUCCAGUAAAUAAAUUGUGCACAUAUCCAUUAGUACAUUCAUUUUAAAUCCCUGUAUCAAACAAAACCACACUUAUCCUCUGGAGAACACAAAA